CUAUGGGAGUUUACGAUGUGUCUUUCUCUCCCCCCAUCCUCAGAUACUGGAUAAGUUGUUGGACAGGGAGAGUCAGACCCAUAAGCCCCAGACUCUGAGCUCAUUCUACUCCAGCAAGCCAGCAGCUGGCAGCCAGCGCAGCCCUUCCAAACACUCUGCUGCCAGCCAUAGUGGGGUGAGCGGAGCAGCAGGGGGCAUCUCCAAACAUGGACCCUCCUCUUCCUCUGCUGCCACUGUGGCAGCCUCCUGCUCUGCUGCCACGGGAUCUGGGGAAGUGGGGCAGCAGGCCGAUCUGAACCCAGUGCAGAACAACACAGCCGGAGAGAGCACUGCUGAGCCCCGGGAGCAUGAUGGGCCUGCUUCAUCAGCUGAGCACCAGAAUGAGACGGCACCUAUUAAGGCGGAGGCCACGGUGCCCAGCCGGCUGGCUCUGGGGGCCCGCUGCGGAUACAGCCAGCGCUGCUGGGGCUCGCCUGUGCGCCAGAAGAAGAAACACACGGGCAUGGCGAGUAUCGACAGCAGCGCUCCAGAGACCACCUCAGACAGCUCCCCCACCCUCAGCCGCCGGCCACUCCGGGGCGGCUGGGCAGCAACAUCUUGGGGGCGGGGCCAGGACAGUGACAGCAUCAGCAGCUCAUCAUCUGAUUCACUGGGCUCCUCCUCCUCCAGCGGCUCUCGGAGGGCAGGGGGCGGGGCCAGGGCCAAGAGCACGGACACCAGCAGAGCGAUGGUGGGCUAUGAACCUACUUAUAGAACUGGAGUCACAUCCAGGUAUCAAGGGCGGCGUCCAGAAUGUCACGGCCCCACUGGCCCACCAGCCGCAAGGGAGCGCACACUUUUGAGCGGCCAAGGACAAGGCUUUAUCAAGCCUGGGAGGAAUUCCCUCCCACCCAUUCACCCCAGCCGUCGCCGCGGGGGGCCACCCAGGCCCCCACAGAACCCGGCACCUGUGGCCUGA